AUGGUCCCCAUUAAGGUAAAUUUCUUCGUGUGGAGAGCUCUACAAGGUCGUAUCCCAUCCGCGAUUGCACUCUCCCACAAAGGUUUUAAACUUGACUCUACACUAUGUGGUUCUUGCAUUGGUGGGUCUGAAUGUGUCAACCACAUCAUAGUUGGUUUCCCUUUUGAUAUAUUGGUCCGUGAGAAGUUAUUUAGAUGGUGUCGGAUUGAUCCAUUUGAAGCACAUGAAGAGGUGGACAUCGUAGAUUUCGCAACUUCUUGCUUUGAGGUUCUCUUAAUAAAAUUCUUCGCCGUUUCUAAAAGAAAUGUAAUGACACAUGAGAGACCCGAUUUCUUCUUCCUCCCUCUUCAUCAGAUCGAGAAGGCAUCAGGCGAUCGAGAAGGCAUCGUGGCUGGUCUUAAUAUGUUCGUCUCUUCUUCCUUAUUACAUGGAUACUAUUGGUGUUGUUCUCAUGGAGGGGGUUCCUCCUGA